AUUCUUUUUUUUUAAUCUAAUUUCCCUCAGGAAAUCRACACUAUAUUUUUCCAUUUGCGYGGCAUGCAAGCAAUGGGAGGUUACCUUGAAUCAUCAGUAAGGGUUAUGUCACAGACAGCAAGAUAUGAAGAAUACGAUUCAAACUACCUUCUUUAUGAAACUGUAGACUAUGCUUCUUGCUGGUAUAUCCUAUUAACAGGAUGUGUGUUCCUSGAUGGAUGCAUGUAUUUGCCUGGCAGCAGUUUUGGGAAGCAACCCCAUGGGUCUGAUGGUACCAGAGGAACACAAUGUCUUGUACUAGAGAGAUCUGGAAUGAUAGUGAUUGAUUACCCUCAUGAAAAUCUCCUGCAACCAUUUCAAAGACAUUCAUAUUCAACUAAUGAGCUAGAGAAGCUGUUAGCUCUUGAAUCUGAGGAUUUUCGCAUUGGAGGCCCUGUCCCAGUUAAGGAUGAGCAGCUUCCCAUGGAGUUGCAACAAGUGAAAGAUAUUCUAAUAAGAAGCGAACAUAACAUAAAGAAAAAAGAGAGUAAAACUCCUCAUGCUAUACAUGAAGAGAAAAAAAGUCAAUCAUCGGACCACUUAGAACUUGAUCUGUCAGGGCUGGUGGAAAGCAUAGUUGAUUCUGAUGAUGAAGAAGAAGCAGAGUCGCAUUCCUCACAAGAGGCUUUUGCUAACAUGACACAAAAUGUCCGCCAUGCRCUGUGUGCUGUCAUGGUGUUUGCAGUGGUUGAUAAAGCAGGAUCUAUUGUUAUGGAGAAUGGUGAAGAGCUGGAUUCCUGGUCUGUGAUUCUCAAUGGAUCAGUGGAGAUACAAGUGGAAGGUGAGGAGACGGCUACAAUUCUCCAUCUUGGGGACAGUUUUGGUGUUGAGCCAACUCUGAAGAAAAUGCAGCAUAAAGGAGUGAUGAAAACCUGUGUGGAUGAUUGUCAGUUCGUAUGUAUCGCCCAGUCAGAUUACUACAGAAUACUGACUCAAGGCAAGUCCAAUAUCAAGGUCAUAGAGGAAGGUGGGGAGGCUGUCAUGGUAACGGAACAUCGAAGCACUGAUGGCGGGAACCGAGAAGGCGAAGUAGUCAUUAAGGUAACCCGUGUCAUGCUUCUAUGGGUGAACAAUCAUUUCACCGACUUCGAAGGAGACACUGACAUGGAGAAUUUCCUCGAAUCGUUUGAAAAGGGCCUGGAACUACAGAAAAUGAGUGGUCAGCUUGAUUUACUCAAUAUGGCCUGCUCAGCGAAGGCUAAAACUCGAGAGGUUUCACUGGAACGACCGUCACGCAAUCAGUCUUGGGGUUUUGCUAUCAUUGGAGGAAAAGAACUGUCAUUCCCUAUCUUUGUAUCCAAGGUGGAAGAAGAGAGCCAAGCAUACGAAAAAGGCGUUCGGAGAGGAGACCAGAUUCUGGAUGCGAACGCGAAAACCUUUGAAAAUAUCAGCUAUGAUAAGGCUCGAGAGAUCGUUUCCUCAGCGACCAACCUUAAAAUGACGCUCAAGAAAAACAUCCCAGGGUUCAAAGAACUUCAGUCUUCACCRGUGACUAUUACAAGAGAAAACACCGACCAUUGUAAUAAUGACAAGCACCAGGAAUCAGUUCAACGCAGUUCGUCCGACUGUAGCGGUGAAAAGAGAACUCAGAUACAGACAAGGAACUCCGAACCAGAUAUAACAUCGUCAGGAUCGACCAGGAAGCAACCGAUUCCYAUGCAAGUUCCAUCAAAGACAGAUAAAGUGAAAAAGGCMCUCACCAAGUUCUCAACUCUUGGUUCGUUGUCGCGACAUUACAAGAUUAUCUCCAAGAGUGAUCGCGACUUGACAAGCGUUGACUCGGGCUUCCAYGAAGGCGAUGAGGUUCAUGCSACUGCUAARCUAAGUGUGAAAACACGUACUCGGGCUACAAUACCAAGAGCCUUUGGGUCGAUGGAGAGCCUACAGUCUGUGGAYCAAAGYAAUGAGUACCCUGAUAAAGUUAUCAAGUUAUACAAGGCAGAUCAGACGUUCAAGUAUUUCCUUGUUUUUAGGGAAACAACAGCAAGAGAAAUCAUUAACAUGGCUUUGGAAACAUUUGGUAUCCCUAACCUACCAAGUGAUUAUUCCUUAUGCGAAGUCACUGUAGAGGAAAAUGGUCUUGUUCGACAAAGACGGCUCCCUGACACGUUAAGUAACUUGGCAGAAAGGAUAAGUCUUAACGGACGAUAUUACUUGAAGAACAACAUGGAGACAGGACAGCUUCUACAAGGAGACGCCACUCAGGAAUUGGCAAAAGAGAACCAAGUGACUUUGCUUCAAUUAAACACGCAAGAAGUAGCGAGACAGCUUACGUUGAAGGAUUUUGAGUUAUUACGUAAAGUAGAUUCGCGUGAAUAUAUAUACGAAGUGUGGGAAUUCCCGCAAGAACUGUGGUCAAACCUCAAUAAAUUCCAAGAAGUUGUCAAUAGAGAAACGUUUUGGGUCGUUACGGAAAUUUGUAGCGAGCCCAGCGUUGUCAAGCGAAUGAAACUUAUAAAACACUUUAUCAAAAUAGCAAAAUAUUGUAAAGACUGUAAAAAUUUUAAUUCUGCGUUUGCGAUUAUAAGUGGACUUAGUAACAUGUCAGUGCGACGUCUGAAAAGUACCUGGGACAAGCUUCCYACAAGAUACAACAAGAUGUAUGAGGAUCUUGAGAAUCUUAUGGAUCCUUCACGAAGUAUGUUCAAGUAUCGAAGUCUUCUUAAUAAUGACAAUGUGUCCCCUCCCCUGAUACCGUUUUUUCCUGUUGUAAAGAGAGACUUAACCCUCAUCUAUUUGAAUAACAAAAGUGUCGUAGAUGGACUUAUAAACUUCGAGAAACUUCGUAUGAUUGCAAGAGAGGUCCGACAAGUAGUGAAAUGCCACUCAGUUCCUUACGACCCGUCCUGCAUGUUCGAUCAGGAUGCGAAUAACGUGCGUGGAAGUGUUCCCCAAAGUAUGACGUCACAAGUUGUUGGUAUGGUAACCAAUAGUACCACGUGGGCGCGACGGUCUUUGGCACGUGAUCAAAACCCGAAGAAAGCUUAUGAAGAGGCGUUGAUGGCGAGACGUGUGAAUCGUUACCUUGACGACCUACUCGUUAUCUUUGAUGAAGAUAAACUUAGAGAAAUGUCRAACGCUUGUGAAAAUCCACAGGGGUCAGCUCCUUCAAGUGUUCAAACGAGAAGGAAAAACUCCCCAACAACGUCACCGUCAAUGGGGAAAAAGAGAAACGGCAAAAUAAUGGAUCCUUCGCCCCUUGCGACAAGAAGUGAUCGAUUCCAGUCAGCCGACCGAAUAUCAAUUUCAUCCAACACGAGUACAUCUUCAUCGUUACCUGACGUCUUGUCACCCAAACCUACACAGGAACAAGUUGAUGAAGUCUUCGAGUCGGAAACAUCGUCAUUAGCAGAAUCAUACACAUCCGAUUCACGACAACCUGAUGUUCGACAACCAACACAAGAUAUUCCACCGACUACUCAAGAUAAUCGGCAGCCAACCCGAGACAUACGACAACCAACACACGACAUUCGACAACAGUCAACUCAAGAUGGUCGUCAGCCGAMUCGUGACAMUCGACAACCAUUGCAAAMUAUUCGRCAACCGACACACGACAUGCGACAUCCGCCACCUGAAUAUCAACCUCCGACACAAGACAUACGAAUCUCACCGACACACUUUCGACAACAACCGCACGACACUAGACAUCUGUCGCUUGAAUAUCGACAUAGAAGGGAAGGCGAUCGACAUCAGGCUCCAGAUAUACAACGACUCAGAGAGAUUCGACAACGCGACUUUCGAUACCCAGACGCGCGACAUMCMGAUUCAAGACAACAGACSAACGAUGUGCGRCAAGUCGAAUUUCGACAUCCACCACCCGACAGACGACAACAGGCAUAUUAUUCAGAUGUCGAAUAUCGAUACACGGCGAACUCAAGAGAACACGUUGAAACACGACGGACAUAUGAAUAUGCAGAAGCACACGAUAGCUAUUCCUAUCAAGGAUCAUAUGAGGAUGGGGACAUGAUGGCAGGUUCCUAUCAUCGUCAUUAUUAUCAGCAUCCACCUAAAUACACAGUAGAAUAUAUACCAGAAUACGAUGAUUCAGAUGAGGGRCAGGUCUCAGCAGUAUAGCUCCUAACAAAUACUAGUYGGGUUACCUGUGCUUUGGUACCMAUGMCYUCACGGYCAARCCACAACACAGGCAAUCCAAAURRCACCUUAAUGUUCUGACGUCGUUAAAUCACUUAUGUUACACUCCGAAGUGGAUUUUACGAGGAAAAGGACAUGAAAUAUCGUAAAUGGUAAAAACACGCCAGCCUUUUAGAGGAUAGCAACUCUGACCUAAGAAGCCAUACUGCUUUCUCCAGCCCAUGGUGCGAAAUUAGCUCUUACCCACUCCCCGUGAGGACGUUUUUGGGGAGUAACUCCUGUGCUUCAAAUAGAAUAUAAAAAGUUAUAUUUUUAUUUUAUCGAAAACUUGCAGUAAAUAUGGUGAUAUGAAUUUUUUCAAUGAUAGAAAAUUGUGAUUUUCUAAUAUGUGUAAAUACUAGUCCAAUUAAUCAAGUAUUAAACUUUAUUUUAUAUGAAAAAUC